AUGGAUGAGAUUAAUAAACUAAGUGAUGAUGUAUUUGAACAAAUUAAAGAUUUUAAUCGUUAUUUCCUGACUGAAGAACAAAAAUCGUUAAUCGAUAAUCUAAUAACAGACAAAGAAUUAAAAGAACGUUAUAAAAAAAAUGGUUUAUGUGGAAAUUGUAAACAGCCUAAUACUGAUUAUAAUUGGUGCCAGUCAUGUUUUUCUAAUUAUUUCCAACAAAAUUUCAAAAAUUGGACAAGCGGAAAUCAUGACGUUGAUGAAUUUAUUCAAAAAGCACAAUUAAAAACUAAAUGGUAUCGUCAAAUCAUAGAGUGGACUGAAUAUGAUAAAUUUGAUGAUGUUGAAUAUUUAGCAAAAGGGGGAUUUGGAACUACUUUUAAAGCAGUUUGGAAAGAUGGUCCUAUUUGGGGUUGGGAUUAUUACAAUAAUCAAUGGAAAAGAGAUGGUGAAGCAAAAGUUGCUUUAAAGUGCUUACAUAAUUCACAAGAUAUUACAGCAGAUUUUUUAAAAGAAGUUGAAUCAAAUAUUUUAGCAUGUGAAUCAAAUUAUAUAGUACGUUGUUUUGGUAUUACCAAAGAUCCAAAAACAAAUGAUUUUAUGAUGGUAAUGGAUUUAAAAAAUGGUAACUUAAGACAACAUUUAAAUAACAACUUUAUUUCAAUGGAUUGGAAGCAAAAGUUGUGGAGUUUACAAGGUAUUGCAGAUGGUCUUAAAAAUAUUCAUAAAAAAGGAUUUAUUCAUCAUGAUUUUCAUUGUGGAAAUAUAGUAAGCGAUUUUGGUAGUAAUGAUAGUGCUUUUAUUACUGAUUUGGGAUUAUGUCAACCGGCAAAUGUCAAACUCUCUCAAAAUAGUAAUAAAAAAACAUAUGGAGUAUUACCUUAUGUAGCUCCAGAAGUUUUAAGAGGAAACGAAUAUACUCAUAAAAGUGAUAUUUAUGGAUUUGGAAUCAUUGCAUAUGAAAUUUGUACAAGUUUCCCUCCUUAUUAUGAUAUAGCUCAUGAUGAAUUCUUAGCAAUGAAAAUUUGUAAUGGGUUGAGGCCAAAGUCUAAUUAUAAAAUACCUCAAUUAAUUCUUGACAUUAUUAAUCAAUGUUGGGAUUGUCUCUUAUACACAUCUAGAUGUGUAUAA